AUGGCGCGCACUCACACUUCCCAAUCUGCUUCGUUUCUUCGCCUGAUUUUCCUUUGUGCUUCUGCACUUCUGGUAUUAGCCAAUGAAAAUGAACACUCCCUUUUUAUUAUUCAGAAUACUACACUGCAGCUAUCCCGUGGUUUUCCUGUGGGAAACUCGCCUGGUUCCAAGCCUGGUGCUACAGUUAUUGUUGAAAGAGUUCAUUUACACGGUCGGUCGAGGUUUAAAAACUUGGGAAAAUAUGCUCACUCUGUGAAAGUGAAGUUGUUGCCUGCAAAUUCAAAUGUCCGCGUGCCAAAUAUAGAGGUUUGCUUCCAUAGGAAUGCAUCUCUCGCUAUAGGGAUGUGCCCACAAAGCCAGUGGGAGAAAGUUGCCAAGGGAUCUUGGGUUCGAUCAAUGUCUCCUUUUGACCAUAAGCUCUUAGAUAUAAGGACGGUAGGCUCAACACUGGAGAAUUUUGAGGUGUCUGCUGAAGAAGAAUUUUUUGCUUAUCGCAUUAUAUUGCUAAUAUUGGGUGUUACCCUGAUGAGCUCGGCAUCCUUUUUAAGCCAGUCUUUAGCAUUUUAUUAUAGUAGUGCAAUGGCAAUUGGAAUAAUUCUUGUGAUAUUGAUCAUUCUUUAUCAGGGAAUGAAACUUCUUCCUACUGGCCGGAAAAGUUCCUUUGCUAUAUUUUUAUAUUCAUCUGCUAUUGGCUUGGGUACAUUUCUCCUCCGUUAUAUUCCUGGUUUGGUUCGUUCAAUACUUUCGGAGCUAGGAAUUGAUGAAGACAUGUAUAAUCCUCUGGCAAUAUUUUUGCUCACUUUUGUUGCCAUAGCCGGGGCCUGGUUAGGAUUCUGGGUGGUCAAAAAGCUUGUCCUGACUGAAGAGGGAUCUGUGGAUUUAAGCACUGCUCUAUUUGUUGCAUGGGCCAUAAGGAUUUUGGCCGCUAUUACGAUUCUUCAGAGUUCUAUGGAUCCUCUGCUGGGAACAUCGGCAUUAAUAUGUGGCUCACUUGUUCCCUCUUUGAAAAGGGUGCUUAGAUUGAGAUUCAUUCGCCGCUUGCCCAGGCGUUUAUUUAAAUCACCCAAGAAAAACAGGAGACCCUAUGUUUAUAAUUUGUCACCUUUUGAUGAUGAAGAUGACGAGCAUUACGACAAUAUAAAGGACUCUUCACUUAAUCGGAUACAACGUAAAAGCUCCCCAAUAACACCUUGCAAAUCUUCUGAACGAGGCAAUAGGUCGCUACAUAAAACGCUGACAAAGGAGUUAUAUCCAUCCAUCAUACACACUACUCCUGAAAGAAGAAAAUAUUCAGCUGCAGAAUGGGAUGAGUUCACAAAGAAGUCCACUGAAAAAGCCUUGGAAGAGCUUGUUCAAUCUCCUGAUUUUGGUAAAUGGUUGUCCACCAAUGCAGAUAGGAUUAGUGUGACGCCCAACUCCAGAACUGAUCGGCCACGCAGGUGGUUGUGGUCUUGA